GAGCUUACCCCAUCUCUAUUUUUAAACCCCUCUGACAUAGUGGUUUGAGCCUAAAGGGUCAAACCAAGGGCUCUGAUUAGGGAGUCUUUCUAAAGGCUAUCCUUAUAGGAAAUUAUUGCAAAUGAAUUUGAUGAGACUGGACACAGUAGGCUAUAAAUUGAGGGCAAGUUUGUAUGGCUAGAAUUUUGGAUUCUUGGGAUAACGACACAUUUGUUUCCUCCCUAUUACAUGGGGGGAAAAAAUCAAAUGUAAUUGUGCAAUCGCCCAAAUCCGGCUUGCCUCGUCACAUGACGUAACAUCGCCGCUAAUUGAUGUUUACAUUUUGAGUCUAGCAGUCGUCCGCUCGUAGCAAGGAUCGGACAUAAUUUAUAUGAGAUAUAACGUCCUUGCUCGUAGCAGUGGGGCCAGCCAGCAUUUUCCUGGGGAUAUUUCUCAUCCUCAUAGCCAUAGAUCGGGCUUUUCAACGUCAUUGAAGGUUUUAAAGGUCGAUCGACAAAUCCCAUAGUCAUGCAGAAAACCGGUGAAUGCCUGGCCAGCGAAAGCCCAUGGGGGUCAACUCACCUCCAAAAACCUUUGGAAAAGCCAGCUGCAAACCUUACCACCUGUGCAGCGCAAAGUGCACGUCUCGCAGUUAUGGAGAGUGUCGGCGACUGCUUGGCGAGCGAACGUCCAUGGGGAUCUCACCUCAACCCUCCCUUGGGAAAGCCAUCUGCUCCUUGUACAGAGAACGGUCCCGUUCUCGCACGACCUUUGAUCACAGUCGAUCGCAAACCUCCAACGAUGGACGUUCAACAGAUCAAGGAAAAAUCCAGUUCCGCGAUCCAAUCCCGCUCGGAAGAACUCUGGGAUCUGAGCCAAGAGAUCUGGAAGAAUCCCGAACUCGCCUUUAAGGAACAUUACGCGCACAAAGUCUUGACAGACUUCUUGGAGAAACAAGGGUUCCGUGUGGACAGACACUACAAGUUGGAGACGGCGUUCAGGGCGGUGUGUGGGGAGGAGGGAGGGGUGCACGUGUGUGUGAUAUGUGAGUAUGACGCCUUGCCUGGGAUUGGACAUGGCUGCGGACACAACUUGAUCGCAGAAGUGGGCGUGGCGGCCGGGAUCGCGAUCAAAGAAGUGAUCCAAGACUUUCCACAACCCGUUAAGGUGACAGUGCUCGGGACACCUGCGGAGGAACAAGGCGGCGGAAAGAACAUCCUUAUUGACCAUGGCUGUUUCAAGGACGUCGACUUCGCCAUGAUGGCGCAUCCAGAUAUCUGCAGUAUCGCCAGGUGGCGCUGUCUCGCGAGAGUCAGGUACCCGCUACGCCGGUUGCUCGUAUCUUCGUUACUACUUUCUUUACGUCAAUUGUAUUCCUCGUACAGUAUGACUUAUAUAUUUCAAACGCGUGCCGUCCUUACAGGUAUCAUACUUGACGGCGGAAUCCAUCCCGACGUCAUUCCUUCAGAGACGAAGCUGGAGUUUCAGUUGCGCGCCCCCUUGCGGUCGGACCUGGACGGGCUGGAGGAACAGGUGGUGGCGUGUUUUAAAGCCGCAGCCACCGCGACAGGAUGUGAGCUGGAAUACAAGUUCAACAAAGGUCCGGAGUACUAUCUCAACGUGCUACAGAACGAUACCCUCAUCUCGCGUUACGAGGAAAACUCGCGAGACUUGGGGGUGGAAUUCUGCACCGACCGGAAGGUGUUUGCCGGAGAGAUGUUCUCGGGAUCUACCGACAUGGGGAACGUGUCACACGUCGUGCCAAGCAUUCACCCCGAGUUCUCUAUCGGAGAUACUGCUGCUACACACUCUGCACUCUUCACAAAAGUUGCAGGCGCUCCUGAGGCCCAGCCCUACACUCUGACCCAGGGCAAGGUGCUGGCGAGGAUAGCCAUAGAUGUCAUCUGUCAACCUCAACUCUUUAAGAAAAUGAAAGAAGACUUCAAACACGAUAUCGCCAAUACGUAGUGCCAUGCAUGUACCUUUGUCGUGUCAACUUGAAGAUAAAUUUCUUCCAGCGCAACCACGUACAAAAGCCUUCGUCUUAAACUAGAAAUGCCAAUAGCCAACGGACGUAAAGCCACUCUCUUAUUGGUUGGAUCGAUAAUUGCCAUGCUAUUAUUGGCUGAACUGGUAAUUGUGAUGGACAGUUAUGAUUGGUCUAUAUUUAUGUCCCACAUGCUAGCGCUUCGACGACUUGUGAGCUGCUAUCAACUGAUUGUAGACAAGUGAACUGUUCUAACGCCCACCGCUAGGUGGCAUUGCUGCAGUGUAUUAAUAAUAUUGCGGUGCCAAACGUAACCGCUUCAUUCUGCCAUAACCUGUUACAGACUGGAUGUGACCUCCCGUUUUAGGGAACCUUUGAGAAAAUGUAUUGUCCUUCCUUGAGAAGUUAAAAGAACAUUGACCUCCAAUUUGGAGGAAAUUUUGAAAGCAUUUACCCCCGUUUUAGGGGAAGUUGGAUUCAUUAUUUCCCCUUUUCUCACUACUAUUGCAAACAAAACUAGAUGCAUCGUCAUUAUUUACUUAUGUCAAGUGGGAUAAUCCAUUCCAGAACCAGGGGAUUGAAGGUAAAAUACUAGUAACUAUGAUUACAGUCAUCUAUGGAUGAAAUGUUAUAAUAAAUAUGUCGUAAUGACUAUGAUAACAGUCAUAUAUGGAUGAGAUGUUAUAAUGACUAUGUUAUAAUAAGUAUGAUAACAGCCCUAUAUGGAUCCGAUGAUAUGUUAUUUAUGGCAGGACUCAACACUUGACGUGAGUCCGUCACAGAUAUUCAGUGUACAAAUACUAAUAAACGUAUCUUCAUUUGAUAUACA